AUGUUCCAUCACACAUUUUGUGGCAACUGCGGCACCAGUGUCUACAUUUAUUCCGAGAGCGGCGAAUACAAAGAUAUCGUGGCUAUCAAUGUAAGCCCUGCCUUGGUCAGAGCCCCAGAGAUCGCCCAACUGACAGAAAAUCAGGGACGAACCUUGAAAGAUGUCGACCUAAGCACGUUGAAGAUUGAGCAGCUCAACGGCAAAAAGAUUGUCAUAUAG